GACGAUAGAAGAAAGAAGUAAGCCAUAUGAUUAGCACAUGUCAGUGCCAAUACUUUGGAUACACUUGUCAAUGCAAUACUGCAAUCAAUACUUGGAACGAUUUAAAAUCCAGUCUCUGGAAAAGAUGAGAGAGAAAGAGGGGAAGUGAGAAAAAGAAAGAAAGAAAAGAAAGGGAGAAAAACAGAGGAAGAAAAAAGAGCAAAGAGUUGGAGUUGGAUAGAGAGAGGAGGAGGAGGGGGAGAGUGACUAAACUGUCGAAAAAAGCAAAAGGGGAAGUCUGCAAAUAAAGGGAGAGGAGGAGAAAUGCUAGAAACCACAUGUGGCUGUUAGGAGCCAUAAUUCAGUUAUGGAGCGAUACAAAAUAGCUGCAAUGAAGUAUGGUGUCUACCCCAGGGAGGCAGGGAUAGAGGGAGAUAGAAAGAGGGGGAGGCUUUCUUUCUAAACUUAUGGACACGCACUCCAGCUUUACUUCUACAAAACAGAGGCCCCAAAUUUGGGAUUUGUUUUGAGGAGUGACUUGUUUGAUGCAGGAGGCACAAGGAAGACCCUCUUGACUGCUCUGAAACGCUCAUUUGAAGUUGACGACGUGGACUCCUCCCCGCACUCCUCCUCGCCUCUUACACGGCGAGCACCAUCCAACUCUCAGCGUUCUGCUGUUUCUCCAUCCAGCGGCCGGUAUUAUGAACUGGGCUCCAAUGGCACCAAGACCCCUGACACUACUAGGCCCAAAGUGAGAACCCCAGAACCAUGCAGGACAGAGCUGGGCUUUGACGUCACAUCCAACAACAAUGGCAAAGCCAUAGAUGGCUCUCCCAGUCCUGGCACAGCUCGGUUUGGUCUGAAGAGGCCAGAUGUCUUGGGCCCCAGUAAGACCCCUGAGAUGCAGAAGCACUCUGUCACCUUCAGCAAGACACUUGAAACCAUUGCUCCCAUCACACGUGCAGCUUCUAACAUUGCUCCACACACAAGCGCUAAACUCCCAGAGACCACUUUCAGGAGAAGCGAGCCACCAAGCCCUGGAGAUGGAUCAGCGAGAAAGCCUGAAAUCAGCAUCACCAAAGCAACAGACGUCAGAGGUCAUGACAGUCAUCAUCAUCCACUAGUUAUGACAAGGUGUCCAUCAUCUAAUCAUGCCAGCCGGAAAUCUCCUGGUGCUGAUGGACAUCGGUCAGAGGUCAUCACAGGUAUUCACGGCAGUAUGGCAGAUGCAGGAAAGACGCCUGUGGACCGGGGUGAGAAGACCAACACAGAGUUUGGCUAUGUGGGUAUCGAUGCCAUCCUGGAACAGAUGAGGAGGAAAGCCAUGAAACAAGGCUUUGAGUUUAACAUCAUGGUUGUCGGUCAGAGUGGUCUGGGUAAAUCCACACUGAUGAACACACUUUUUAAAUCUAAAGUGAGCCGCCGAUCUGUGAAGACCUCAGAGGAAGAGCAAAUCCCCAAGACCAUUGAGAUCAAGUCCAUCAGCCACGACAUCGAGGAAAAAGGAGUGAGAAUGAAGCUGACUGUCAUUGACACACCAGGCUUUGGAGACCAGAUAAACAAUGAGAAUUGUUGGCAGCCCAUCAUGAAAUUCAUUAAUGCACAGUACGAACAGUAUUUACAGGAAGAGAUCAACAUCGACAGGAAGAAGAGGAUUCCAGACUCACGAGUCCACUGCUGCAUAUACUUCAUUCCUCCUACCGGACACUGUUUGCGGCCAAUUGACAUUGAGUUUAUGAUGCACCUGAGUAAAGUGGUGAACAUUGUCCCUGUUAUUGCCAAGGCAGACACACUCACCCUGGAGGAGAGAGACUUCUUCAAAAAGAAGAUAAGAGAGGACUUGCGAGCCAAUGAAAUCGAGGUCUACCCUCAAAAGGAGUUUGAUGAAGAUGCAGAGGACAGAAUGAUUAAUGAGAAGAUCAGGGAGAUGAUCCCUUUUGCUGUGGUGGGAAGUGAUCAGGAAUAUCAGGUCAAUGGAAAAAGACUUCUGGGCAGGAAAACAAGAUGGGGGACAGUAGAAGUUGAGAACACAGCACACUGUGAGUUUUCCUAUCUGCGGGACCUGCUCAUCAGAACUCACAUGCAGAACAUCAAAGACAUCACAAGCAGCAUCCAUUACGAGAUGUAUCGCAUACGCAGAUUCAAUGAGAACAACACACAAACAAAUGGGCAGCCAGCAAUCCACGCCAACGGUAUAGCUGAGCAUGAAAUCCUCUCCCAUGAAAUGUAAACGUCAAUCUGUCCAUCCAUCCAUUCGUCUGUCCAUCUGAUUCUCCGUCAGUCCCUAAAUAUUCAACAUCAACAUUUUCUUCCUUGAUUCACUCUUCCUCCAUCAUUCUGUCUGGUGCUUUCAGCUGACCACUGAUCCCCCCCCCCCCCCCCCAAAAAAAAAAAUGUGUUUCUGAUGUGUGGAAAUUAAUCUGAUUGGCACAUUUAAGCCUGCUGCAAAAUGUGAUGUUCUGUAAUUUAUUUGUUUUGUAUUUUAUUACAGAUGUGCUAGUGUGUCUUUUCAAUAUCCUCAUUUAAAGGAAUUACUCAGAGUGGAAAUAGUGACAUCUGUCAAAAGUGUACCGUCCCAUAGUGCUUAAAGCUUAAAUCAUUGGUUAAAUUGGAACUUGAUGAUCAUCGUAUGACUGUUGAGCAUUUUUUUUAAAAACAACAACAAAAUUUUUUUUUUAAAUAUUGACCAUUGCUUUAGGGGAUUUAGAGUGUAUUCAGCCAAAUAAAUCUGUGAAAAAAUUUGACACAUAGUUUCAUGGAUCCAAGACAAGCGUGGGAAAUUAUUUCUGGUGUAUUAGUCCUGUACUGUAGAAAAUGUUUGCUCAUAAUAUUUGACCCUGUGCAGUCACUUCAUUUCAGACAUAAGGCUUGAUGAAAGUAGUUAAUUAAAAACUUUUUUAAUCAAGUGUAAACAGAUUUUAAGGCAGUUUUAGUAGCCCCCUUUUUGUAGUAUCUCUGCCCUGGUAUCUUCACUGAUUUUUGAUAUGUUCAUGUACUUUGUGCCAUAUUUGCAUUUGUUUCUGUGUUUUUUAGGCAUAGUUCAUUUAUAUUAUUAUUAUUGUAAUUAUUGUUGUGCUUUUUAUUUGUAAAGGCCUUUACAUGUGUAAAACAAAAUAAAUGUCCUUUUGUUUUUAGGCUAACAUUCAUAUUUUGAUUUGUAAAGAAUUAUGUAUUUAUAUACUGCACAUCAUGUUACCCAAAUGUAAUAGUAUGGUUUUUGUAGGUCACAUCUUUAGAUUUCCAGAAUGUCAUCACAGUGACCCUCAGUCUCAAAGUACCUAUACUUAUUAAAUGUUCUGUGUUUUUAUCUCUUAACUUCUUAUUUUGGCUAUCGGUGUUUAGUAAAGCAAGUUCUGAACCAUUC